UGUAUUCCUCACCUUAAUUCACGGUUGCACUUUCGUGCAUCCACGUGUCUUCCUUUUUUUUCGAGAGAAAAAAAAAACAGCGAUCGAUGAAGCCCGAGAAGAAGCCCCCCAAAUCCUGAGCUCUUUCUUUCUUCUCCGAAAAAUUCUGUACAAAUCGGCUUACAUUGAGAGAUAUCGCAAGAGAUUGCCAUGUUCAACACAUCUCCCAUUUACUCCCUCUUCAUCCUCUAAUAAAACAGUAGGUUUAUCCUUGAGUUUGCGUCUGUACACUAUCCCAACUUUCUGGAUGAGCAGGUUUAAUGCCGACAUAGCUUGGAGUCCCUCCUUUGGAGAUUUUUAAUCUCAUUGCUCAAUCCUGAUCUGUCUCUGCUCUUCACUCCAAAGAAAACUUUCGUCUACAAUCCUGCACUUUAUCCACUGUUUUUGUUAUCUGGACUUUGUCCAGCACCUUAUGUUCAAAAAAUUUAGUACUCUAUCAUUUAUGUGUUAUUGGAGGCUUUCAAAAUGCAGCCUAUCUGGAAACGGUUGACCAUAUCCUAUGAUGAGAUUUGUAUUGAAUUAAAACUCGGGAACUUGACUAAAAACAUGAACAUCAAGUGUUGCCCAAAAAUGGGGAUCAUGGUUUUUGUUUCUUUUAUGCUAUUCUGUUUAAUUUAUCCUCAA